UUUCUCGAAAUGAAGAAGAUAAUUGAAAAUUAAAAGAAGAGUCCAUUUGUUUACCAACUUUGGGCAGGAGAUCAUGGACGACGUGUCGGAUCAACAUUAUCCGAAGAAGGUGCCGACGUCAGAGUCAAAACUGAGGACACUGCAGGGACGCAAAGCCGAUACGAAGAAGACGAAUCAGUUCUUGAUUAUUGAAUUGGAAUGAUUAUUUUAUAGGGUUUCUAUGUGUACGAUCGAAGUCAUUUUUCAGUGAUCAUUUCUUCUUCUUUUUCCCAUCGCCGGAAGCAGUUUUCCUCUCUGAAAUUGAGGUGAAAUACCUAUCUAUCAAUGGCGCUUUCUAGAGCUACAGCUUCUUUCAUGCAGUACACGAGCAAAUCUCAUUUCAAAUCUUUUUGGGUUGGGAGUCAGACACCCUCUUCUUCGCGCAGAUUCUUCUCUGCUGAUGCUUUCGCUUCGUUCCAGAGUGUUGGAUUCAUUGGACUGGGAAAUAUGGGAACCAGAAUGGCAAAUAAUCUAAUAAAGGCUGGAUACAAAAUGGUUGUACAUGACAUAAACUGUAAUAUAAUGAAGAAGUACUCAGAUAUGGGAGUUGCCACUAAAGAAACACCUUUUGAAGUUGCAGAAGCUUCUGACGUUGUUAUUACAAUGCUACCCUCUCCUUCUCAUGAAUAUACGUACCUGGACCUGAUGGCGGGUUUGACUCCUGCACUGGAGACGUCAGUUCUGGUUCAACAGGUGCGUGAGGUGUAUAAUGGUUCACAUGGUUUGCUCCAUGGUGGCUAUCAUCUAAGGCCGUGGUUAUUAAUAGACUCCUCCACCAUUGAUCCACAAACAUCAAGAGAGCUUUCAGCAAGUGUAUCUAGCCGUAUUUUAAAGGAAAAGAGAGAUUCUUGGGAAAACCCUGUCAUGUUGGAUGCCCCUGUAUCUGGAGGGAUUCUAGCUGCUGAUGCUGGGACACUGACGUUCAUGGUUGGUGGUCCUGAAGAAGCUUACUAUGCUGCAAAAUCCUUGUUUCUUUCAAUGGGCAAAGGUUCAGUUUAUUGUGGUGGAGCUGGAAAUGGUUCGGCAGCGAAAAUAUGUAACAACUUGGCACUGGCUGUGAGUAUGCUUGGUGUUUCAGAAGCUUUGGCUCUAGGCCAGUCUCUUGGAAUUUCUGCAAAAACUCUAACAAAAGUGUUCAAUUCAUCAAGUGCUCGCUGUUGGAGUAGAGCUUUGGUCUCCUAUACCCGAUGACUCCUACGCCUGCCCCAAGGCUUGGUUCCGAUAGACAUCAAGGAUUUUCGAUACUAAGGUCAUGUUUACCAAAUCGUAAUGAAUGACAAACACAAUUAGAUUGCUUUUAAUCGCGUUUACCUAGAAUUAUGAAUUUAUCACAUUUUACUGUUACCGUUACUAAUACUUUUAUUGUUUGACCCUAACGGUAACGGUAACAUUAAUGGUAACGACAAAGAUAACAAUAAAUUUGACAAAUUCAUAAUUCUCAUAUUGUUACAAUAAUAAUAUCUGUAACGGUAAGGAUAACAGUAACGGUAAAGGUAGUGAGUCCUACGUAAUUUUUAACUGCAAUCAGAUUGAACAUUUUUUAUUCCUCAAUCAGAUUAUAUGAUUUGAUUACAAAUUUCAAGACGGGCCUCACAUCUCAUUACGAUUACAAAAAGCAUGUAAACAACAUAAUCAGCUGGGGUUCACUUUGUUGAGAUGUUUAGGCCUUAAUUUAUAUAUUAUGCAUAUAUUUAGGCUAUAAUUAAGAAAUUUGGUUAUCUUCCUUUCUAUAAAUUCCAUAUGUAAAUCUCAAGUUGAUACAAGAAUUUAUUCAAUCAAAUAUUGUUUUCACACACUUUUUACGUUACCAUUAAUGGAAGAGCUAAGUUAGAAUAAACCAAGAGACCCCAAGCUCCUAAUAAUGGGUCGACUCCUUUGGAAGCUAUUCUACUUUAAGUCCUUAGCUGUCUCAGUUCAUGAUGGCCCAAUUAAAUUUGAGUUGCAGCUAGUUUUCUGACAUGCCAGGGAUAUACAAUUGUUCCUUUUUAUAUUCAUCUAGCUUUUCUAUUCAUCAGGUUAGGCAUUAGAUGAUUAUACAAUUUACAAGCGGAAAUAUCUCUUAAAAUUAAUAGUUUCCUGCUUAUAGCAUUUUAGAGAAAUAAUAAGAUCAAAUUGUUAUCAGGUUCUUUUUAAUGCUAAAAAUUCUUUAUUAGUGAAAGUUUAUUAAUGCCGAGUAAUUUCCACA